CAGCAGCCUAAAGCUUCAUCUAAGAGAGAGAGAGAGAGAGAGAGAGAGAGAGAGAGAGAGGAGAGAGAUAGAGAUGGGUGGAGGAGGUGAAGUUAGCAAUGGGAUAAAUGGAGAGAAAUGGACGGUCAAGAUUCCUCAGAUCAAAUUCACUAAGCUCUUCAUUAAUGGACAGUUCCAAGAUUCCGUUUCUGGAAAAACCUUCGAGACCAUUGAUCCCAGGACCGAGGAAGUCAUAGCAAGUGUUGCAGAAGGCGACAAGGAGGAUGUGGAUUUAGCUGUCAAGGCUGCCCGUCAUGCCUUUGAUCACGGUCCCUGGCCUCGAAGUCCCGGAACUGAAAGGCGGAGAAUAAUGCUAAAGUUCGCGGACCUAAUCGACGAACAUCUCGAAGAGUUAGCGACAUUGGACGCCAUCGACGCUGCGAAUCUCUAUAGUCUCGGCAAGGGCUUGUACAUCCACAACGCCGCCGAGCUUAUCCGGUACUAUGCCGGCGCAGCCGACAAAAUCCACGGCGAGACCCUCAAAUUGUCGAGGGAAAUGCAGGGCUACACACUCGCCGAACCCAUCGGAGUCGUGGGACACAUCGUUCCAUGGAACUUCCCGACGCAAAUGUUUGUCAUGAAAGUCGGGCCAGCGCUAGCGGCCGGGUGCACGAUGGUCCUCAAGCCGGCCGAGCAAACACCUCUUUCGGCGCUUUACUACGCUCAUUUGGCUAAGCUUGCCGGAGUUCCCGAUGGGGUGAUUAACGUUGUGACGGGGUAUGGCCCGACGGUUGGCGCCGCUAUAAGCUCUCACAUGGACAUCGACAUGGUAAGCUUCACCGGCUCCACAGAAACCGGGCACCGUAUAAUGCAAGCGGCCGCGACGAGCAACCUAAAGCCCGUGUCACUAGAGUUGGGAGGCAAGUCGCCGUUUAUUGUCUUCGACGAUGCGGAUGUUGAUAAAGUCGCACCUCUUGCGCUGGUCGCUUGCUUCUAUAACCAAGGCCAAAUAUGUGUUGCGGGAACACGCACAUUUGUUCAAGAAGGGAUAUAUGAUAAGUUCGUCGCUCGAUUGUUGGAAGAAGUGAAGACAUGGGUUGUUGGCGACCCGUUGGAUCCAAAUGUCAAUCAAGGGCCACAAGUCGACAAGAAACAAUACGAAAAGGUUCUUUCGUGGAUCGACCGUGGGAAGAAAGAUGGAGCCACAUUGGUGGUUGGUGGCAAGGCUUAUGAUAGAAAGGGAUACUACAUCGAACCAACCAUAUUCACUAAUGUCACCGACGAGAUGAGCAUUGCCAACCAAGAAAUCUUCGGGCCCGUUAUGUCAAUCAUGAAGUUCAAGACGGUCGAAGAAGUCAUCGAGAGAGCCAACAAAACAAAGUAUGGAUUAGCGGCCGGGAUUAUGACGAACGAUCUCAACAUAGCAAACACUGUCUCAAGAUCGCUCAAGGCCGGCACUAUUUGGAUUAAUUGCUACUUUGGCUUCGACAAUGACUUUCCCGUCGGGGGAUACAAAAUGAGCGGUUUCGGGAAGGACAUGGGGAUGGAUGCCCUUAACAAAUACCUUCAAAUUAAAUCCAUAGCCACUCCAAUAUACAACUCUCCAUGGCUCUAAACUAUAUAUUCUAUGAUGUUCUUGUUUAAUAUCUUCACCUUGUUUCAUUUCAUCGUACCUUGGUGUGGAUAAUGAUCUUCGAUCAUUGUAAUAAAAUUUGGUUAUUUGUUUA